AUGGCUGCCCGAGGCGUCCUCACUCCUUUACGGGUUCACAACAAAGCAGCGGCGUGGACGCCGCCGGUGAUUUUUCCACCCUUCACUUCGUGGCUCGGAAAGAGCUCCCGCACCCGCCUCUUCUGCACCCACCACCAGCCGCCUCCAGGAAUUGACUUGUCCAAGUACACAGAGAAGUUUGCUCAGAGAAUGGCCAUGGCCGGCAUCAAACCCCAUCACCGUCUUGCAAUAGCUGUUUCUGGUGGUCCUGAUAGUAUAGCACUCUGUGUAUUAACUGCUGCUUGGAAAUGCAAUAAUUUUGACGCUGCUGACAAGCAAAGAAACAAGUCAACUGAUGGCCUUUUGGCAAUUGUUGUGGAUCAUGGAUUGCGAGUAGAAAGUGCAGAGGAAUCAAGCAUCGUUUACAAUCGAGUCCAAGAUAUGGGAAUCAAAUGUGUAGUAGUCCGCUGUGAAUGGUUGGAUGGUAGGCCCAAGCCUGGUCACUUACAAGAAGCAGCUCGCAAUAAGAGGUAUGAGACCUUACAGAAUAUAUGCAUCCAGCAGAAGAUCAGCGUAUUGUUGGUUGCACAUCAUGCUGAUGAUCAGGCUGAGCUAUUUAUUUUGAGAUUAUCUAGAAAUAGUGGUGUUCUCGGGCUUGCUGGAAUGGCGUUUGUUUCUCAAAUGGUUGCUGAAUUUCCUGAUUUUAGUGGAAAAGGAUCAAAUGCGAAUGGCAUGUUACUAGUGAGACCACUUCUGGAGUUCACAAAAGAUGAUAUGUAUGAUAUAUGUCGUGCUAGUACUCGACAGUGGGUGGAGGAUCCGACAAACAAGAGUCCUUUAUAUGCUCGCAAUAGGAUCAGGAUGUCAUUGCAUAACAUCUCAUCACCUAUAUUCAAGGCUGAGUUGCAGUCAGCUAUAUCAGCAUGCCGAAGAACGCGAGUACAUGUUGACAGACUUUGUCUCCAGUUGUUGAAUCAUGUUGUGACAAUCAUGCCUCAUGGAUAUGCAGUGGUUGAUCUAGAAAACCUCCGCUCAAUGGAAGUAAAAGAUAUUUACCUUGCUAAGAGUGUUGCUUUGUUAUUGCAGUUUAUUUCACAAAGACAUAAGCCAGUUCGAGGGAGCGCAAUGAAAUUGCUACUUAGUUACCUUUGUACUUUCUCCUGCAAGACUUCUCUAGAUGUAGCGUGCUGUUACCUCUGUCCAGCUCCAGGAUCCAAAGGAACUAAGGUCAUCGUAUGCUGCUCUGUUGAUUCAGCUUUGCCUAUAACGAUGAAGUUGUGUGGAGUAGGGCAGUAUUGCUCUGGUACUAGCGACUUAGACGAGAUUAUAACAUACAGCAAAUCAUAUUUGGAUGCACAUUCACCAGACUCUUCUAGUAUUCCAUUUCUGGAUGUAACGUCCUCUGAGUCUGUUGUAGAUGAAGCUAAAAGGCAUGGAAUUCUAAGCGACUCUACCUAUAGGACAAUCAUUUCUUUGCAGAAGGAAGAAAGUGACAAUUUUAGGUCUAGAGCCGGUGGCAACACUGACUUAGUCCCCGAAGAUUAUACUAGACCUUUAUGUGCAAGUCUCAUUACAUCGAUUUGUCCUGGUCAAGUAGGAUAUUUCAUGAAUAGAUUUGUAUUGGAUUGGAAGGUAUGCAAUACAUAUGAUGCACUGUCUGGAGAGGAAGGCCGGUGUUUUUGCAGUUGUUGCUUUAUCGGUGAUGAGAUUGUGGCCAAGGUACGCCUCAUGAUAGAUGCUGAUUGGAUAUACCUCUCUGACUUAUCCAAGAAGACGAAUCUCGGAGAGGGGAAAUUUAUUGAAUAUGCUGUAUUAUCAGCAAGAAGAUGUCUGGUAUUGUUAAAGCCCAUUCCAGUUGCUGCAAGAAAAUCUAUGCCUGUCCUGGUUAAUUCCGAAGGAGUUUUACUAAGUAUUCCGGUACAUCACCUGUUCUUUCUGGUUCGAUACUUGUCUUUGGUGUUUUUAUUGCACUCACCGUCUCCAUAUCUCCCCACCCUCGCACGAGAAAAUUUUUGGUAG